AUGUCUCUCAAAGGCAAGGAAGUUGAAUUGCCGCGCGAAGUAUUUUAUAAUCUACAUACAGAGCGCCGAAUGACACCCGAGGAUAAAGCAUUAUACGAACGUAUAGCAACAUUGAAAGAUCCCAAAUCAGUCACCCGUGCCGAAAAGAAUCAAUUAUUCGGACUGCGGCCACCGGAUGAAGAAGAUAGACUUUGCCUGGAGAAGAUCGGUCUCACCGUGUCGGAACUCAACGAUAAGAUCAUGAGUAGCUCAGAUACUCUCUCUGAUUCAGAGGUCACCAUCUCAAUGUUUGGCGUUACGCACGUUCCAGGGAGCCUUGACAGUGGGACAGAUGAGAAAUGGCGAGUCUUCGGAGAAACUUACAACAUGACGGCAGAUAUAGUGCUAGGUAGAUCGUGGAGGCGAGCAUUUACCCUGAUCGAAACUCAUCCAUCGCGUUUUGUUUCUGAUCCUUUGCUGGACGAGGCGAACAUCGACGAUUUCCGGCAACGAUUCAUCACGAUGAGAAAACGGGACGAACUUGCCAAUGGCAGAGCGACAGAUCAUUUUCUGGUGGUGGAUGAUACAGUUCUUGACCACAAUGUUACAUCUUUGAAGACGUCAUACAAACCUAAGCUUCCUGGAAAGCCAGAUCCUUGGGAUUCUACGCUACCUAUACGAGCUGUAGAUCCCGAUUAUAACAACACAGUAUCCAUGAAACCGGAAUCGAAUACGUCCGACUUUCCAGGUGAAAUCACAAUUUCACUCCUCAAAGUUUUCGACUGGUUAUACUAAAGCUCCAUGUCCAAAAGCGAGGACUGGGAAACACGAUAUCAUAAUACCAAAACAGGCCCUGCUGAAACAAUAACCACUGGAGCACAUCCAGCGUAUCGCCCAGGCACAGAGUUGUCAUCAGUAUAAGUCAUCAUGAAUAAUGCGUCUUCGAAUGUCGAUUCCUGAUGUACAAAAACACGAUUUGAUAUGGCUCCUGUCAAAAUUUUCCUGUUCGAAAAAACUUUCAAGUAAUGCUGUUCUAGGAGAGAUAGUCCACGUGGUGGCAAGUUAUCCUCUAUCAUAUCAGAAGACAUACCAAACUAUAGCACUGUUCAAAGCUUAUGUAUAUUAUUUCGCCUAUGUCAUUAUAAUCUUGGGUGCAGACCUCGAGAUGAUCUACAAGACUAUUAGUUGCUAUAAAAUUGUAGUCAGAAUAGUUUUC